CAUGAUAGUUUAAAUGCGAUGUGCGCGCAUUCUACGUUUAUCAUAUGACAACCUGUCAAAAGAAGCAUUUGAUAGUCCUAAUAUUUAAGAUUUAUUAGACUUAAAUAAGUUUACAAUUUACCGCGUAGCCUAUCAUAGUGAAUAUUAAAGAUGACAGCAGAAUUAAGAAAGUUUCUUUAUGGACUUUUAAGUAGUGUGGAAGGACUUCAUAGUAUAUUGAUAACAGAUAGGGAUGGAGUACCUGUCAUAUCCGUAACUGAUGAUACGACACCUGAAUUAGCUAUGAGAGCAAGUUUCUUAUCUACAUUUGGCAUGGCAACAGACCAAGGGAGCAAAUUGGGUUUAGGGAAAAAUAAAACAAUUAUAUGCAUGUAUAGUAGUUAUCAGGUAGUUCAGAUGAACAAAUUACCUUUAGUAAUAAGUUUUAUUGCGAGUCAUAAUUGUAAUACAGGCCAUAUCUUAUCUUUGGAAACUAAAAUUGAUCCAAUCCUAAGUAAUUUAAAAAAUGCAGUAGUGGAAGCCUGAUGGUUACCUGUUGUGCAUUACGGGUGAUAAAUACCAAAAGUUUGCACUUAAAUUUGGUAAAAACUUGUAAAGAACAGAUGUUCUAUGAUGUUUUAAAUAAUGGUGGAGAUAUUUUUCCCUAAUUUAUAAGAAACUGGAGGGUUACAUUCUUUCAUAAUUGUGUUUUCUUUGAUUAGUUUCAUAUAACAUUUUAAAUAUCUAUCUAAAAAAAAAGGGAGUAUCUCCUAAACCUUUUAUAAGACAGUGCAAGAAAUAAAGAAGAAGUAGAUACUACAAAAUUUUAUAAUAAAUAGGAAACUAUCACAAGACAUCAGAGGCAUUUCAAUAUUUCCAAAAUAUAUUUAAUGAGCCAUUCGGAAAUUUUACAUAUAUAGGUAAUAUAAAUUUAUGUAAAAAGACGUGAUACUAAAAUACAUGUUAUAUAUGUAUAUGUAUAUGUGUCAGUUAAUAUUCUUAAAUUAGGAAUAUAUCAUUGUAUCAUUAUAUUACUUCAAACAAAUAUAUAGUCUUAAAUUAUGUAAUAAAAGUUUAUACUUCAUACAUGCAAUAGAACAUAUUAGUUACAAUUCAUAUAUCAGUGGCUUACCCUCUAAUCCAUUGAGAAUGUUUUGUGCUGCAGUAAGAGACAUAUCAUUUCGUGUCUUCGUAGUAGCACUGCCCAAAUGAGGUAUGACCACUGCAGUACAUUUUAUAUUUGUUAAUGUAUAUAUAUACAACUUUGCUAUAUAUUUCUACAAUUAACUAAUAUGUACACAUAUUACAUGAAAAUAUAGAAUGGAAUUUCUGUUAAUAAAGAUAUUAAAAAAAGGAUAAA